GCCUAUCACUCUCCCAUGCACGCAUCCUUAAAAAUAACAAUCCCUGCAAAUUUUAUGAUGUUUUAAUGGAACUGGGAUUCAGCCCCUCGAAGAUUGAAAAAUAUAAGGGCUUAUCUGCAAAUAUCAAUAGAGUCUCUCCCGGCGGGCCGGAUCCUCACCAUCACAAUACGCCUUUUGCGGCCCAAAGAGAAGCGGGCAUGCAAUACCGCUCAACAAUAUACAAGUAAUUAAUGGAGCAUGGUUAUGGGUGGACUUGAGUGCUCGAAAAGAUUUGUGAAAUGAGGUUGACACAAGAUCUAUUCAAGUUGAAUCUUAGUUCCACCGAAAUGUAUAAUGAACAACCAAAAUAGUCUUUUCUCACAAGAGAGUGAGAGGGAAGGUGGGAUCUGAAUCAACUGAUCUUGGCUGUCGUGAAUUGGAUUCCUCCGCCACCGGCCACCUCUCUCGCCGCCGCCGCCGCCAAUUCCCCUCCUGGCUUGAGUGAUCCGAUCAAGUACUUGGAAGUCUGGAACACACAUUGAAACUCAGUAAUCCCAGUCAUGUCCCUCAACAUGAAAAAAACCUUCACCCAAGCAUUGGCCAAGGCCUCGGCCGUGAUCGAGAAGACCGUCCAGACCACCGUGCAGGAGGUCACCGGACCGCGGGCCUUGCAAGACUUCGACCUCGGCGAUCAGAUCGGCUCUGCCGGACCUGGCCUCGUCUGGAAGCUGUACUCCUCCAAGGCCCGAGACGGACACUCGGUAUAUCCUAAUGUCUGCGUUUGGUUUCUCGACAAGCGUGCUCUUUCCGAAGCUCGGCAACGGGCUGGGCUCUCGAAAACCAGCGAGGACGCGUUCCUUGAUAUGAUUCGAGCCGAUGCUGCACGGCUCGUGCGGUUGAGACACCCUGGAGUGGUGCACGUGGUGCAGGCCCUCGACGAGAGUAAGAAUUCCAUGGCCAUGGUAACUGAGCCGUUAUUUGCUUCUGCGGCCAAUGUGCUGGGGAAUUUGGAGAACAUUGAGAAAGUGUCCAAGGAGCUCAAAGGAAUUGAAAUGGGAUUGCUAGAAGUGAAACAUGGCUUACUUCAGAUGGCAGAGACCUUGGAUUUCCUUCACAACAAUGCCCAUCUAGUUCAUCGGAGCAUAUCACCUGAGACUGUCCUCAUUACUGCAAAUGGAGCUUGGAAGCUUGCUGGUUUUGGCUUUGCAAUAUCCGCUCAAUCAUCUAGUGAUCCAUCUAACUUUCAGGCUUUCCACUAUGCUGAAUAUGAUGUUGAAGAUUCUAUUUUGCCCCUUCAGCCAUCAUUGAACUACACUGCACCUGAAUUGGUUCGAAGUAAGGCAAAUUCUACUGGGUACUCCUCUGAUAUUUUCAGUUUUGGGUGUCUCGCCUACCAUUUGAUUGCUCGAAAGCCUUUGCUCGACUGUCACAACAAUGUCAAGAUGUACAUGAAUAGUUUGAAUUACUUAUCCAGUGAGGCUUUCUCCUCCAUACCAAAAGAGCUAGUACCCGAUUUGCAAAGAAUGCUGGCUACAAAUGAGGCUACCAGACCAACCGCCGUUGAUUUUACAGGUUCAUCUUUUUUUCGAGAUGAUACUAGGCUGCGUGCUCUUCGCUUCCUAGAUCACAUGCUUGAAAGAGACAACAUGCAGAAGUCUGAGUUUCUAAAAGCAUUAUCUGACAUGUGGAAAGAGUUUGAUCCUCGUGUACUUCGCUAUAAGGUUCUUCCUCCACUUUGUGCAGAGCUUAGAAAUCUGGUGAUGCAACCUAUGAUUCUACCUAUGGUUUUGACUAUUGCAGAAUCUCAGGAAAGAAAUGAUUUUGAAGUAUCAACCCUGCCAGCUCUUGUUCCUGUGCUAAUUAGUGCUUCAGGUGAGACAUUAUUGCUACUUGUGAAGCGUGCAGACCUUAUUAUUAACAAGGUAAGGGUAUUAAUGACAAACUUUUGAUUACUCACUUUCAUCUUUAUUAUAUGAUAGCGACAUGUGGAUGCUUAUUUUGUUAUCAAGGAUGUUGAUAUCUUCCAUCUGGUGAAUUACAUUUAUGAACCUGCUCUCUUUCUCAUGUUCUUUUCACUGUUGCAUACUUCUUUCCCUCAUCAUGAUCUCGUUUCUGCCUCUUGUUUUCCCCUCAAAUUAGUUGGGUAGUUUUUGUAUUUAGGGGAAAAGACUUUUGGGGACUGUUUCGUAAACACAAAAUGAUUGUCAUCUCUCUUUAGUUUUUCAGUUGAUAGAGUAGUUUUGGUAUUUAGGGAAAAAUACUUUUUAUAUGCUUUGUGAAAUUAUGUGAACUCCAGUUGUUUUCUUCUUAAAUAUUUUGGUAGUCUGCCAACAGAUGAACAGGUAAAGACAAUGGGGCAUAAGG